AUGGCUUCGACGUCCGACCUAACUGGCACUUUCCUGGUGAAAUUUGGCCCAAGAAUAAAGAAGAUUGAAGUGAAUUGCAACAUCACUCCAUUUAGAAGCAGUUUGGAAAGUACCAUUCGACGAGCAAUGAUGGGAGACCCCAUGCUAAAGACCCAUGCUCUCAAAGGGUUCUUCCUGACUCAACCUGAUGUUACCUCCAACUUUGACAUCGAAAUUGACGAUUCUACCGAGUUUUGGCAGGUAGACACGGAUCGUCCUAUUGAGCUGAUGUUGCACAGCACAUCAAACUUUGAAAUUCCAUCAGUGCCUCCCAACGGAGCCCAGAGUCAUCCAAACCGUUGCCAGUCGAACCAGCCUGCGCAGACCAAGGCUCAAGUUGCAACCGUUCCACAUAAAGUAGCGGAAUAUUUGGAAAAUAUAGGUAUGAACGUCCACAUAACACCUACUGAGACACCUGUUGUUGAAGCACUGGUUGAGACUGAAGCUGAAGCAACAACACCAAAAUGCAGCAGCAAGCAACAGAGGCAUGAGAGUCACCAGAAAGAUAUUAUUCUUUCAAGUCCACCGGCUAGAAGGGGCAAGAAGAGAAGGUCUGAGCCUGAAUCACCAGAAUCUCCAGUAGGAGAGUAUUUGGAGAAGGUCUUGAAAAGGAGAGAGGCACUCAAAGAACUUGCAAAUCAACUCGUACCGAAAGAGGCACCAAAGCUACGAUCUGUAACAAAGAAGCAAGAGAAAAAGAAAGGAAAAGAGAAUAUUGAAAGGCGGAUCAUGCCCAAGAGAGCAGCGAAAGAUAAGCCCAAAGACUCGACAGAUGAGACAGAACCCGAAACAGAUAAGGCAGGUCCGGAAGAAAGUUCCAGCACUGGUGAGGUCCCACAAGCUUCGCAAGGUCCACUAUCAACUAACACAAAGAGAGUAGUUCAGCUUAGAGUUGUAGGGAAUUUUCAUAAACUAAAGGAUAAUAGGCCCAUUGGGAAAUGGAUAACGAGAUCUACCCCCCUGCCCCCAUUUCCAAAGAAGUUAAAACAGAGUUUCGAAAGUGGCAUCUAUGAUACCAGAGCACUUAACAAAUUUUUGAAAGACCAUGUGGAAAAUGUCACUGGAGUAACUUCAAUAACAAAGGGUGAAUACAAAAUACUUGGGGAGCAAGUUUCAAACAGAUUUAAAGCUAUGAAAUUAAUAAAUGCUGAAGGAUACUCGCUAAAAGUAAAGAAGAAACUCAGUGACUGCUUCAGAAAUGCUAGAUACUAUCCGAAGAAAAAGGCGAGGAGGGUAGCGAAGAGAAAAGCGAAGAGAGCAGCAGCAGCACUGAAUGUGUCACUUGAAGAAACGCUUGACGAUACAGCUGAAGAUGAUGCAGAACCACAAGAUGAGGUAGAACCACAAGAUGAUGCAGACAUGAUUCUUCAAAAACCUGUGGUCAACAAACAAAGUGUAAAGAUGUGUAUUACUAAAUCAACCAAAAGGAUUCCUUUCAUAAAAACCCAUGCAGUGCAGGUGGUGCUGAAUAAAUACCCAUAUCUAAAGGAAGCUGAUUUGCUAAUUUAUGAAUACAGCACAAGGGUGCCAAUGCCUCUGGAUAUGUUAGAGGAACAUUAUGCUAAAUACAUCCCUUCACUAUCACAUAUUUUAAACGAAGCUUUACCCUCACAUGAUGACGAGCAAGCCAAACUUAUGCUUUUCAAAAAACUGGAAGACUACUUCUCAGGAGGAGAGAACCAUAUACCUUCAAUUCAAUUUUGUGAAGCAUCAAACCGGAAUGCUGUACCAUUAAAUUCAAUACCAAAAGGCCAAGCUCCAGCCCUGGUAAUACUCAAGGAUGACACCAAACUGCUGAGGAGUGCAACAUUGAUAUUUGAUGGUGGCAUUCUUACAACAGCAAGCAAUCCAUCAGCCUUUGAUUGCAUAACUUUAUUGAUGGCAGGAUAUUGGGUAUUUGACCUGGAUUACCCGAACCCUUAUAAGCAGCAUAUGGAAUCCAUAGAGCAAAAGAAGUAG